UUUCAAUUACACAUGACAUGCUUCAUGAAAUACAGAAUCUUUUCAGUAAUAAUUUCAAUGUUGCCAAAUGGGACAAGAAAAAAGCCAGCAACUUUCUAGUACUACUCCAUCGACAGAGUCACGAGCUUCAUCGCUGCCUUGAUGAAAAAAAGAUAAAGCCCAGCAACACCAGUGCAGCUGGAAAGCUGAAGAAUUAUUUCAAAAGGCUACAGGUGCUUUUGAAAAUGAAGAACAACGAGCGCUGUAAAUGGGAAAUUGUAAAGGACCAGAUACGGAGAUUUCUGCAGUCUGCUGAAAGGAUCACAUUUCAGUGAAGGCCAUUUUACAAGACUUGAUUAGACACCCACAAUUUCAUAGUAUUAAAAGUAGAAGUCACUUUUACAUU